UUGAAACAAAUUGUUGAUGCACAGCCGUAGAGUUUGAAAUCCUUGAUUUGCAAAAAAACAAAACAGAAAAGCAAGUAGUUUCUCUAAUUUUGCGUGUAAGUUUGUGAUGGAGAAAAAAUAAAACUAAAUUAUCUAUAAUCCAUUUUUCCUGUCUACUGAUUAACAGGUGGUUGAGCUGCAAAAUCCCUUAAUUAUUCCCAUUAAUCAAUUUCCAUUUCCAUUUCCAUUUCCACCAAGUUGUUAUACCUACUCCAACAAUUUUAUAUCUCAUCUCCUUAAUUACAAAAUUAAUCAAUACAUUAGCAGAUAAUUAAUUAGAACGAAGAAUAACGUAAAAAUGGCACUCAUGAUGAUUAGAGAUUUAUGCAGUUUACAUUACCCGAUUAAUUUGUCGAACACAGAGCUUCAGGUGAAGGAAUGCCGGAUUCUGAAAUUUGGUUGUAAUAUGAAGAAGAAAUUGAUGGCGGUGAACGCUAGCGCAAGCGGAAGCGGAAAUUCGAAGAGUAUUGAAACGAUUAACGGGAAGAAGAUUAAUGGUGUUCAUGUAGGGAAAAGGGGAAAUGUAGUAAUUGAACCGGGAUCGUCUUCGUCGUCAUCGGUGAAUCAUUCAUAUAUGUUGGGGAAUUUUGUGGAUGAGCGGUUUGUGUAUAGACAGUCUUUUGUGAUUAGGUCUUAUGAAAUUGGGCCUGAUAAAACUGCUACAAUGGAAACUAUCAUGAAUCUCCUUCAGGAGACAGCUCUAAAUCAUGUAGCAAGCUCAGGGGUUGGUAGUAAUGGAUUUGGGGCUACACGAGAGAUGAGCCUUAGGAAACUCAUAUGGGUAGUCACUCGCAUACAGAUUAAAGUCGAACAAUAUAGCUCCUGGGGAGAUGUGGUAGAGAUAGAUACAUGGGUAGAUGCAGCAGGUAAAAAUGGAAUGAGGAGGGAUUGGAUCAUUCGUGACUCCAACACUGGCAACAUCAUCACAAAAGCAACAAGCACGUGGGUGAUAAUGAACAGAGAAACAAGAAGGCUAUCCAAAAUCCCGGAGCAGGUCAAAGCAGAAGUUCGACCUUUCUACAUCAACAAAUUUGCAAUACCUACUGCACAAAUUGAUUCUGAAAAGAUUGAGAAACUCAACGAUGAAACCGCUCAAAUUAUCUCUUCCGGCUUAGCUCCGCGGUGGAGUGACAUGGAUGCCAAUCAACAUGUCAACAAUGUCAAAUAUAUUGGAUGGAUUUUGGAGAGUGUUCCCAUUAAUGUUUUAGAAGACAGCCACUUAAUGAGCUUGACAUUAGAGUAUCGACGUGAAUGUCAAUUGUCAAAUGUGCUGCAGUCCAUGACAACAAUGAGAGAAAUAGCAACAUCGGAUGGUGAUGAAAACAGUGGAAUGGAAUGCACACAUCUGAUUCGUAUGGAGGCCGAUCAAGGAGAGGUGGUUCGAGCCAGGUCCAUAUGGCAGCCUAAACAAUGAACUAGUUAGUGUUAUCUGCUAAUUCUUCCUUACAUUCAUAUUUUUUGCAGUGUGUAAUUUCUUUUGUCAAACAUAUUGUAUAAGUAGUGAGUAGUUAUAAGUAAUUAGAGAGAGUACUGUACAAGUUGUUCCCUUCUUUAGUAUCAAGGGCGGAUCCACUUUGAAUCGAACACUAUCUUUGUAUUGAUUUUUGUAAUUUAGGCACUAUUUUUGUAUUGAUUUUUGUAAUUUGAUAAAAGACGCGAUACUACAUUUGAU